AGAAGAACUUCUGUCAAGUUCAAGACCAAACAUUCAAAUGCAAAGAGAGCUCGUGUGGUUCAAGGAAGUGGAGAAGAGAGUUCCUCCUGAAUUAAGGACAAUGAGAAACAACAAAGGCAAGACACCAAAGGAUAUGUUUCAUGCUAAUCAUACAAAGUUAUCUGACGAAGUUAAAGAUGCAGCCAAAGGAAUAGCCAAUUCUGGCAUGCUUGUUGCAACACUUAUUUCAACCGUAGUGUUUGCGGCAGCUCUCACUGUUCCAGGUGACAAGACCAAUGCAUGGUUUGUUGUCUUCAUUUUGACAAAUUCAGUUGCAUUAUUCACUUCUUCUGCAUCUUUAAUAGCUUUCUUGUCAAUUUUCACUUCAUCAAGAUUCACAGAAAGCGAAUUCAUCAUCUCACUACAUCCAAGCUUGAUUAUUGGGCUUGUGUUACUGUUUAUCUCCAUUGCCAGUAUGGUUACAUCUUUUGCUGCAGCGUGCUUUCUGAUAUUUGAACACACAUCCAAGUGGGUUGCGUAUGUAGUGCCUUCAUUUGGGCUUCUCCCAAUAUUUAUGUUUCUUGUGCUUCAGUUUAGCCUUUUUGAUGGUUUGAUGGACUACUUCUUCUGGUCUAGAUAUUAUCAGGUAUCCAAGGCCCAAUAAAUUA